AACGGCAUGGCAUCCAUCGACGGCGACGUCAGUCCCCUUGCACAUGUAACCGAAUUUCUGGUUUCCGACACGCGUGAGACUACUUUGACCGAGCCAGACGUAGAAAAUCCAAGAAAAGUAAAGUUUACGGUAACCCCCGUGAAGUUGGACCCGCUGAUUCGAACAAGUCAAGAUGAGACUAAGAACCACGAUGGGCUGGUGCCGCGGCCGCACAACAGGAAGUACUCUGACGCCUUCACGCAGUUUGAGCAGGACGACGUCACGCUGGGCACACUCACCACCCCCUCCGACACCCUCCUCACGCAGAGCAGCAUCACUGCACUGCUGUCUUCCAAGUUCAAGGAUUUUCACAAGAAGAUGAAGCAGUAUGGAUUGGCGUCGCCACGUUUCAGAAAGAGGCUGGUGUCCAAAUGGGAGAGUUUGAAUUAUGACAAGAACGAGUGUGACCUGUAUUGUGAAGAGGAACAUGACAAUCAGUCCAAGAAGAAGUAUCUGCUGAAGACGGUCAGCCGUUGGGUGAUCAUGUUCAUCGUGGGGAUUGGCGCGGCUGUGCUGGCGGCUGGUAUACACAUCAUCGUCGAGGUCGUCGCGCACAAGAAGUUCGGGCUCAUACAGAAAUAUAUAGAUAAAUGUGCCAAAGAAAACUGUUUAAUCAUUCCAGUGCUAAUUUGGUCAGGAAUUAAUCUAGUGGUAUCUCUCUUAGCUGCAGCUCUCGUCACGUAUCUGUCGCCAAUGGCAGCAGGCAGUGGAAUUCCCCUCAUCAAAUCCUACCUCAACGGUGUGAAGAUUCCAGGUCUCUUGUCUCUACAGUGUUUUAUAGCCAAGACGGUGGGCGUGGUCCUGUCAAUCCUCGGUGGGCUGGCCUGUGGAAAGGAAGGACCUAUGGCUCACUCGGGAAGUAUUAUAGCAGCAGGGCUGGGCAAGGGCAGAAUACACUGGUGUGGCAAAAAAAGAAAGGAAAUUAAGCUGGUCAUGUGGUCAGAUGAGGUGUACGAGAGUUUCCGGUCUGAUCACGAAAUCCGUGACUUCGUUGCGGGCGGGGCAGCAUCGGGUGUGUCCGCAGCAUUUGGUGCGCCGGUCGGGGGCACACUGUUCAGUGUAGAGGAGGCGGCUAGCUUCUGGAACACAGAACUCGUGUGGAGAGUGUUUUUUUCAGCCAUGGUUGCCUGCUUUACGACCAACGUGUUAAUUAGUGCCUUCAAUGGUGACCCGACGCAUUUAUCGAAUCCAGGUCUCGUCCGAUUUGAUACAUUCCAGAGUUUGUCGUUCAACCUCAUAGAGAUCCCCGUGUUUAUGGUGAUGGCUGUGAUAGGAGGUCUCAUCGGUGCCCUGUUUGUGGUGCUCAACUAUAAACUCACAGUCUUUAGACAGAAAUACCUGCAUAGAUACAAGUGGAUCAAGAUCUCCGAGGCGGGACUGGUUGCCGUGGUGAGCGCCAUCAUCGGCUUCAUGAUGAUGUACGGCCUGAAUGAUUGUGUUGAGUCAAAACCCAGCAGUCACCACGCCCUCACCAGCAAGAUGUUCUGUGAAGACAAAAAAUACAACUCUAUGUCUUCUCUGUUUUUAACAACUCCAGAAGGUUGUCUUAAAGCCUUGCUUCACGAUCCGUUUGAUUCGUUCAGUGCGACGUCUCUGGUGGCCUUUGUGGUCGUCUUCUUCAUGCUGGGCGUGUGGACGUACGGCCUCAGCGUCUCCAGCGGUGUCUUCAUCCCCUCGCUUGCCAUCGGUGCCGCCUGGGGCCGCCUCGUCGGCAUGGGCGUCAUACAGCUCUUUCCUGAUCAGGUCAUAAAUAUCACUGGCAGUUCCUGUGUGUCCCCCAGGCUUCCAAACGCAACUGUUGUAAUAACGAAAGCAUUUCCUGCUCUACAUUUGGGCAAGGCCAAGGAUUUGGGGAAGUACGCAUUGAUUGGUGCUGCCGCCCAGCUGGGAGGGAUUCUGCGCACAACAAUCAGUCUGACUGUCAUCAUUGUUGAGUGCACGGGGGACAUUUCAUUCGGCCUGUGUAUCAUGAUCGCCCUCAUGGUCUCCAAGUGGGUCGGAGAUUUCUUCACCACGGGAUUGUACGACAUGAACAUCGAGGUUAGUGGGAUUCCUAUAUUAAUGCCGGAACCUCCACCCAUGUGUGAACACCUCAAAGCCAGUGAGGUAAUGAGCCAGCCCGUAUUGUCGCUGUACCCGAAAGAGAAGGUUGGAUACAUCAUCGAUGUGCUGAUAGCUGAAACAUUUUCUGGAUUUCCCAUAAUAGAACCUCGUUCGAAGCGAGACCAAUCGGUAGGAAAGUUGAAAGGUUUAAUAUUAUCCAGUCAGCUGCUGACAUUACUACGUAAAAAGAAUUUUGCACCAGAAGGGAUGCCGUGUCCAAGUAACGUGAGAAUGAAAGAUUUCAAUGAUCCUUUCCCUACAGAACUAAUUAAAAUAGAAGACAUCGAUCAGAAGCUGACGGAUGAAGAAAAAGAGUGUGUGAUUGAUUUCCGUCCCUAUAUGAACAAAACACCGUACACAGUGUCUCCUGAGUUUUCAAUGCCUCGAGUUUUCCGACUAUUCCGUGGUCUCGGGUUACGCCAUAUUAUCAUUGUCAAUGACAGAUAUGAGCCUCUUGGCAUGGUAACAAGAAAAGACCUUGCGAAAUUCCGUGCUGAAUCAAAACGAGGCAUGCUGAAGAUUGAACAUCUCAAAAUAGAAGACAUUUAACCUCACAAGCAUUUAGACAAGACAUAACCAUGAGACAUGAUCCCGACUGUGUAACCGAUUGUAUCGGAAAUGUAGCAGCCUAUAGUGGACUGACAGAAAGGCCGCCCAUCGUGUGUGACCCGGAACUUUCUCAAACCCUGGCCAUGCAGGUUAUGGUAGGGCUGGAUAGGACAAUUACAACAAAACAAACUCUACUUGCAGAAGUACUUCAUCUAAGAGACGGUUACCGCUAUGAGGACUGAAAACCUGGUAAACAUGAGGCAGAUUGUGGCUGUCAUUUUGAGCUGCAAGCUGUUGGGAAUAUUCCAGAUCUAUUUAUGUGGGUUCUUCUGCCAAGUUGAACCAACACAGUAGGGUUUUAAUGGAUAAUAAGAGUCAAACACACACUAACUGCAUUUAGAAGAUGUACUUAAUAUAAAAUUAUUUUAAUCCAGAAUUUUUUUUACGUUCUGCGAUUUCCACCUUAAGGGCCGUUCUCAUUACGCGAUUAAUCGCACCGAAUUGUCGCAUGUGAUCAAAUCUUGCUGUGAGAACACCUAAAUCGGAACAACUUUAGUCUUAUAUGUUCUAAUUUUUGUCUGUGUGACUAAUCGCAUAAUGAGAACACUAAUGGCGGCUGCAAAGUUAAAACAUAAUUAACUUUAAAAAAAAACCAGCCUAAAAAACAUAUUUAAAUAUCUGAUAGUUAUAAAUUUUCACUUUCACUACAUAUUUUCAAAACUAUUUUAAUGUUGCCAGUAUAUUUUACUGAGUGAAAAGUUAUAGAUAAAAAUAUAUACAUUGAGGGUGUUGUGAAGUAUAAAUUCUGGUAGGGCAACGACUCCAGUAUUCGACCACUUAUGAAAGAAAGGAUUAUAACAGAUUCAUUUUAUUGGCAUUUAUUAAUAUUUGUUUUUCUUCGUAAAUACUUACUGGCAAUGCUAUUCACUGAAUAGACCAAUGUUUUGUUGAUGCGAUAUGCGCCAACUACAGUAGGUUUGAGUGCCGCAAGGAAGUGUAUGCAGUAUUCGACCAGCUGACCCAGUAUUUGACCACUUUCUAAUUAACUAAUAAAACUAAACUUUGAAGUUUAUUUUAUAGUAAAUGCAGCAUAUGUCAAACAACUAAAUCCAAAAAGUUUUGAUUUUAACAACUGUAACACAAUGUCAUAUUCAUGCAUUUAUGCACACACGCACAUGCUUAUAUACAUAUUCACACACACACAAUUACUUUCUGAUGAACAGUCUCUUUGGUCCUAUCUCAAUUUACAAAUAAUGAUAUUAGACUGAAAAUAAAAGAAAACAUAAUUGUGUAAGUCCUAACACACAGCACCAAAAGACAUAAAAGUAGUAAAUUUGUGGUUCUUUGGGAUUUUAUUUUGGGAAUGUAUCCUCAAGCUUUUCUAUUGGUCGAAUACUGGGGUAAUCCUCUUUAUCAUAUGCCAUUAUUUGAUCACGGGGUCACGUUAUUGAAAUUAUAAUGACUGAGGUCACAUUGCAUUGCCAGCUUCAUUUGAUUAUAAAUAAAAACAUUAAAGACAUUUUCAAAGAUUUCAAAUGGAUUAAAAGUAUUGCAAAUGUUCACGGAAUGUUCGAUGGUGUAAUAGCAUGCUAUAAAAAUGGCCGACGUUCAUAUUAUCACUAUAGCUGAUGAAUAUAUACUUAAGUUCAUUCACAUGGUUAUCGUCUGCUAUUGUGUUUACAGAAGUAAGAAUGUUCACCCUGUCACGUAUGUUCAAAAUAUGUUGGGAAAAUCUAUAUACUAUUCAGUUUAAAUGAGUAUGGUAAUUAAUUAAAUACACUGGUCGAAUACUGGGUACUGGUCGAAUACUGGGGUCACGGCCCUACAUGUUUUGUCAGUGACUAUGAUAGAAAGCACAAAAGUACCAGAAUUUUCACCUAAGUUAAUGAAACAAAUUUUUUGUUCAUUUGUUUUGUUAUCAUUAUUUAAAACUGUACUUUCUGCCAAAACAUGAUGAUAGACAUGGCAAGUCGAAAUAAAAUGUUAAAAUAAUUUUAUAUGACCGUUUUAUUGAAUCGCAGAACAAAAUACAAAAAAAAACAUUGGUUAUGAAGUUAAAAUUUAAUUUAAACAAAAAAAUUGUUAAAUUAUGUUAUGUUAUUAUGUUAUUAUACAAGAAAAAUAUUUUAUCAUUUCAUGUUGAUUUUAAGUUAGUCCACCAUAUUUUGCUUUUUUUAGCAAGUUUUGUUUGGUUUAUUUAUGUUUUAUAACCUGAACUGAACAGGAUGCCUAAUUUAUAUUUUGUUAUCCACUAUACAUUACUUAUUUGCCUGUUCACUCAGGUGAAAAAAUACCUUUUAGCACAAUAUUUACACAGUUAUAGUUUAUGUUUAUAACAGGUAUCCUAAUAUUUAUUAUUUCUUAAUAAUCGGAAUUUGUAACCAGAAAUGGCCUCGAAUAUCAUCUCAUAAACCAUUAGCCUUGUUGAAGUUGGUACACAAAUAAUAAACAAUAAAAAUACACUGAAACCUGUCUAAACUGGACACUGUACAAACCAGAAUACUGUCAAAACUGGCCAAGAUUCAUCGUCCUGAAUUUUCUAAAUGAUAAAAUGCUACCCUCUAAUUGCCAGAUCCUGUUUUGACAGGUUUUACUGUAGUAAGUAUUUUCGUCAAAUAUAACUCACAAUUCGUGUUUUGACAGGUUUUACUGUAGUAAGUAUAUUCGUCAAAUAUAACUCACAAUUCGUGUUUAGUGAACUGGAACUCUGCUAGUUUAAUUAUUCCAACUGGUUUUAAUUUCCAGUUAUUUUAAUAAAAGUCAAAAUAUAAUUUAGAAAUGGUGGAAAACUCUACACCCUUAAAAUAGGAAAUAAAAGCUAAUAAAUGUCUAUAGUAACAAUGACAAAGAUAUUACAUUUUAAGACUAAGUGUAAAUUGUUUCAUAUUGAAACAUCUUUACUUUAUUGUCGAUUAUGCAUAUUUUGUACAGAUAUUAGUUUACUGUUCUGAGGUAGUUUGAAAAUACUGCCAUGGCAUUCCUUGAUAAAAACAGUUUGCUUUGCAGUCACCUGACCCACAACAGUAGCAGCGUAAUUGGUGAUGCCCUUCCCCACAUCGAUUCAUUUUGUUAUGUCCGAACCACAACCCUCUUCCCCCAUGGUAUACAUAUACUUUUGGAUACUGCCUUGGUUAAUAUUUAUAUGUUGUGGUGGUCAGGAUGGGGGGUGCAGGGAGCAGAAAGGGACGAAAGGUCCAUGUUUCAGGUUACAACAAAGCAAUGUUUUCUUCAAGGAUGGCCAAACAGUGAGAAUCAAAGUAAACAUUCAUCAAGUAUUGUUCAUUCUUACCUGUGAUUUUAAAUUAUGCAAAAAUAUUGAUUUUCCCACCUAAUGUUUACGUGUUAGCUGGAUGAAAGGAAUGAAUGGUUGGUGCGAGUGUGUUCAGUUGUGUUUAUAAGCAAUCACCUGUGAUAAUUUUUGUACAUAAAUCAGUUUUGUUUACCGUUUACAUUGAGAACAACGUGUGACCAGUUUGGACUGGAAUCUUGAAUAAGCUUUGUUGUCAGGUAAGCAGGCUAGCUCGGAGUGAACAUUUCGACAAAGUUUCUGUUAAAUCUUCAAAAAUUACAGAUAUCCUCUUAUACUCAUUGGCAAAAGUUAUUGUGACAUGGAUUGUUUUGGGGUAAUAAAUUUGUAAAUGGAUUUAUGGAUGUAAACCAGAGAAAAUGUGCAUGAAACAGCUCGAAGAAAUGCAACCAAGCAGUUGUUGCA